CUUAUAUAUAUAUGUCAAUGCUACUACACUAUAAAAGACAUGGGUAUGAAUUUGAACUUGCCUUUGGUCCGUUAUGCACCACAGCGUUAAACAGACAAAGGUUCCCUUUGAGAGCAAUCUCACUACUACACAGCACUUUUCACUACUACACAGCACUUUUAAGGAUAAACAUCUUCGUCUGGACAAAUGCCUCGUCUCAAGGGUCACAACCGUUGGCUAGCUGCCAAGGACAGGAUUGGCAAGUGGCAGCGUCUCAACGUGGAACUGCAUCACCAUGGUGACACGUUUGUGCCACGCCGUGGUACAGGGUACUGUCAUGCAGUUCGCAGUUGGCAACGUUCAGCAGUUACUGGUCUGUUCCAUAAGUUGGUCUUUCCUGCAACGUCCUCAGACAAAAAGUUCAUUCCGAUUGUCGGGGACUCCCAUCUACGAUCUCUCGUGGAUGGAUUCGUCAAGAUGCCAGACCACGAGCACCUGUCCUUUGGCUUCAUGUCCAUGCCAGGGGCCUCUGCAGCACAACUGAGGACUGAGGUGCUGAAUGCCGAUCUCCCUCAAAUCCCAGAUGCAGUCUGUCUGUUGGCACCUGGUAAUGACGUGAUUGCCAGUAGGAAUCCAGAGCAGGCCGGGGCGGAAUUCAAGAAGCUCCUGACCAGCGUCCACAGCCGUUGGCCCAAGGCAAGUAUUUUUGGAUUGCAUAUAUUGGGUUUUUAAUGUUCUUAAUUUUUGUUUCUAGGAGGAGGCAACGGCAUCGAUGGAAUCCCCCAGUCCAUCGUCUGCCAGUCUUUCCACGGUGGCUGUGAAGGAGAAGGUUGGUGUACCUUCUUCGGAUCAGCUACUGGAGGACCCUAGGAAGGAGAAGCCAAUGGCAUCGGUGGAGUCAUCCAAGCCUUUCCAUGGUGAUGACAAAUGGCCUCCACUACAGGCCACCAGGAAGGAGGCAAUUGCAUCGAUGGAAUCCCCCGGUCCUUCGUCUGCCAGUCUUGGCAGAGUGGCUGUGAAGGAGAAGGUUGGUGUACCUUCUUCGGAUCAGCCACUGGAGGACCCCAGGAAGGAGAUAUCUGUGGCAUCGUCCAGGACAUCUUAUGCAAGUGUUACCGCAAAGCGCCCACCGGGUUCCCUCAGGAAGGAGAAGCCAACGGCAUCGGUGGAGUCAUCAAAGCCUUCCCAUGCUGAUGACAAAUGGCCUCCACUACAGGCCACCAGGAAGCGAAUGGUGUCGGUGGAGUCGUCCAAGCUUUUCCAUGCUGAUGAAUGGCCUCCACUAAAGGCCACCAGGAAGACAAAGCAUCUGGAGUCCCAGAAGGAAGACUGUGCAGCAGCCCCGUGACACAGAUGAGGUGGUAAUCUCUGCUCCUGCUGUGACUGCUGGUGCUGUUGACCAACUGGACCACAUGAGUCAUGACUGUCAUGUCUUUUACUAGGGGGUCAUUUCAUCAGGGUCACAAACGUUUUGGUAGCAAUAGCCACAAGCAGUGUGCAACGAAUAGUGUCACAGCAAUCGUCACAUGUUUCAAAGAGCGUGUUGACCUGGACAACAGAGGAUAUAGAUGACAUUUUGGUCCAUGGUGAUGAGUUGUACACUUGCAAGAAGCAACAAAACAUGAUCGGUGAUGCUUGUGGCAGUGGGUACAUUUUAGUGAACGAAUUACCCACGGAGCUUGUGUGGAACAAUAGGAAGGUCAGUUUAGAGUAUUUAGCCCCAUGCACUGGAGUUAUUGGCUUGGAGGAGUAUGCUCCAGAUGUCCAAGAUCUGGCCAUGCCUCUGGAUGAAGCUUUGCAGAGGGCAAUAAAUUGAGGCAGAUUCAUGUUUACUGACUAUUAGAAGGAACAUGUGUGCUUUGUUUAAGCUGGGGUCGAGGUUUGCUGUGUUCGAUCCGCAUGCAAGAGGUAACGAUGGUGGUUUGGAGCUACAUUGUACGAGCAUUGUAGCAUGCUUUGACACUCUGCCCAUGGCAUACGAACAUGUCAGUAAUCUUGUCCAUUCCCUGUAUGGUGAUGAUGAUUAUGUGAACGGCAAGAUCUUUGAAGUCACUGGUGUUAAAGCUGUUUUAGUUGAUGAGGCUGGUCCAGCUAGUGUCCAGCAUGUAGAUGGUGACUGUGAAUUUGUGGUUUGUGACCAGGUGUCGGUAGAUAAGUCGUAUUGAUCUUGAGUUGGAGACAAUUGCAGGGACAGACGGUGAUGUUUAUUUAGUGUCUGAAACAAAUGCCAAUGUCACAUUUAAACCUUUGACUUUUUUUGAUAAGAGGAGGAUCUGCAACAAACUUGGUAUUGUGCCCAGUUUACAUCGUGAGGAUGUUGUAGAUAGCAAGGAAUUUGAGCAGGCUGUACCUUGCACAACCACUGACAUACAGUCAGAUGGUAAUUGUUUCUUUGGUGCUCUGUCCCAUGUUUUUAGUGGAGUACAGACAUAUCAUAGGGAUAUUCGCUGGGCUGUAGUGAAACAUAUUGAACAAAGUCCUGAUGUGUACCAUCAUAAUCUCAGGUUGGGGUUUACAUCUGUACAACAGUAUGUUAGAAAUUCGAAAAUGAAACUUGUUGGAACUUGGGCUACCUAAGUCGAAAUUCAAGCCGCUGCAGAUUUGUUUGAGGUAGAUAUUUAGACAUAUAGUCAACAUAAGUGGUUAAAGUUUAGGUCAAGGAGUGAGAAAUGUGGUAACAAAGGGAUUUAUCUUAAACAAUGCAAUGAAUGUCAUUAUGAGCCAGUUAUGUGUGAAGGAUACUUCCUCUAGUGUAUGUUUUAGUGUAAAUACCCUCUGUGAAAAUGAUCACUCAAUGGCAGAGUGAUGUACUUUCACUGCGUAAAAUUAGUAAUGAAAGCAAAAACUGUAAAGAGAUACAGAUAUGCUGAGGACACUGAAUGUAAUCAGCGCAAAAAAUAAAGGUACAACACAGAUAUGCUACUGUUCCAGAGUACAAAGAAAGUAAUCUACAAACAAGUAAUAAAAAGUACGAAAAUCCUUUUUUUUGUUUCUGGUGGAGCAGGCACAGGGAAAUCUCAUUUGAUAAAAGCUGUGUAUUGAGUCGUCCAGAUUGUUAGCAAGAAUGUCUGUCUAAUUAUCCAGAUGAUGUCCAUGUUUUACUAACGGCACCUACUGGCGUAGCUGCUUAUAACAUUAAUGCUACUACAAUACACCACAGCUUUGCUAUUGAUAAUAGUGUCUCAUUACCCUAUCAACCUCUAAGGGAGGAAAAAGUAAAUGCGUUAAGAGCCAAUUUGAAAGAUCUACAGAUAUUAGUAAUUGAAGAAAUAUCGAUGGUUGAUCACAAACUGUUGACCUAUAGCCAUGGCAGACUACGGCAAAUUAAACAAGGUGGUGAUAGGUCUCCCUUUGGUAAUGUGUCAGUCAUAGCUGUUGGUGAUUUUUUUUCAACUUCAACCAGUUAAAUGGAAACCUCUUUACUCAGAGCAGGCAGGGAUGAACCUAUGGCAGGGUACUUUUAGUCAUGUUGAGUUGAAAGAAAUAGUUAGGCAAAAAAUCAAGAGUUUGCUGUGAUGCUCAAUCACAUCAGAAAACAUAAGAAAGGGGGAAAAACUUAAUGAGCAAGAUGAAAUGUUAAAACAAUGCAAGACAGGCUUAGGUGAAGACACAGAGGAUCUUCACAUUUUUGCAACAAAUAGUCAUGUAGAAAUAUGCUGCAUAAAGUGUGUUCUGAUUGUGCAAAUCAAAGCCCAAGACUUUGAUAAAAAUCCUCAAACAGGUCGUUUUGCACCAAAGAGUACUUCACAUACCUUUUGAUCAAAAGACCUAUUUGAAUAGAUUAAGUGUUGGUCCAAAUGCUAGAGUCAUGCUGAUUAGAAAUAUAGACAUUUCAGAUGGUCUUGUUAAUGGAGUUUUUGGUACUGUAUGUCUUGUAAAAUUUGAUGAAAAUGCUAAAUUCCCCAAAACAAUUUGUUAAUUUUGAUGACAAAAGGAUUUUUCAUGUUCAGUACCUGGCUUUGAAAAUGCAACACCAAUUGGACUUGAUAAAGACAAAGUAACAAACAGUGGUGGAGUUAGGCGUCAGUUCCCACUACGCCUGGCGUGGGCUUGCACAAUACAUAAAGUUCAAGGCUUAACUUUGGACAAAGCAGUGGUUUCCUUUUUAAAAAGAUUUUCUCCGCUGGCCAAGCGUAUGUAGCUCUGAGUCGUGUAACAUCGGUAGAAAAUCUAAUUAUUCAGGAUUUUAAAGCCACUGCUAUCUAUGCAAAACCCGAUAUAGAAGAACAUUUACAGGCUAUGAAACCCUACAUUGAGACUCCGUUAGCAAGACCAGCUUUUUUUCUGAAAGUCUUUGCAGAACAUUCAAGGUCUAGAUGUUCACAUCAAUGACUUAAAACAUGAUCGCAGGAUUUUGGAUGCUGAUGUAAUUUGUUUAACAGAAACAUGGUUGCACCAUGAUGCAUCACACAUUAACAUUGUGAUGCCAGGAUGGACAUUUCAUCACAAGGCUAGAUCCCAAUCUUACAGUGACAUGACACUUUCUAAGUUACAGAAGGAACAGCAUGGUGGUGUAGGCUUCUAUCACAAAAAACACAUCUGUAACACCCCAGAUGUGGAACUUAGUGACUUGGAAGCCAUACUGUUAAUGUUCAGCCUAUGAACUAUAACUGCAUGGCUUUGUACAGACCACCAUCAUACAAAAUUGGCCAUUUUAAAACAAAACGUAAUGCUGUAGUCAACCGUUUAAACAAACUAUCAGGUGGUAAAAUAAUAAUGGGAGAUUUUAAUGAAAAUGUACUAGUUUCAAAAUCGAUAGAAAGCCUAAUGACAUAACAGGGUUACAGUCAAAUCGUAACCUCACCUACAACAGAGUGGGACAGUAAUUGAUCAUAUCUAUCUAUCUAUCUAGCUAUCUAUUGUAAAUGUACAGAUAAUGUCAACAUACUACAGUUAUCAUGAAUGUAUUUGUAUGGGUUUUGUAUCUACUUAAAUUAAAUGGGGUUAGCUUUAUUCAUCUCUGAAGGUGGAAAGUCUGUAUUACCAUGGGGGGGGGCUCUUUUAGUGAGUUUAUGAGCUUUUUCCAUGUGUAGGACUAGACUAGUUAUGCACUUGAGGAACCAUUUCUGUCAUAGGGGUACAGCACUGCAAGAGACAAGCCUUCAGUCUUAGGGAGUGUUGCUGCCCAAAAAAAACAUUUCAUUCAUGAUUUGUGUCCUUUACAUAGCUAAUCUAUCAAAAAAGUCCCAGAGUUGGCCUUAAAUGUCCACUAGCUUAAAGUGUCUUUAAUGUUUCAGAUCCAUCCUGUAAAUGUUCCUACAUUCACAUAAUCAUGCUGACUGUGCUAUAUCUGUCAAUUUAUUUAUUAUCAUUUGUAAAAUAUUUAUCUUACUGACAAAUCAUUGUUUUUAAAUAAUUAUGCUGCCUGCUGCACAUGUGAAGUAUUUAUUUAUUACUCAGUAAUAUAUUUAUCUUAUUGACAAAUCAUUGCAUUUUUAAAUAAUAAUGCUGCCUGCUCCACAUGUUAAGUAUUUAUAUAUUUAUUAAUUUAUUAUACUCAGUAACCUUUAUCUUACUGACAAAUCAUUGUUUUUAAAUAAUCGUGCUGCCUGCUGCAGAUGUUAAGUAUUUAUUUAUGUAUUAUACUCUAUUAUUAUACUAUUUUUCUCUCCGGGAAUCAUCACCUUAUCGUGGUGGAGAGCUUUGUGUGUCCCUAUGAACCUGAGGGCUAUUUUGUCUGGAGCUUUGUGCUCCUGGUAGGGUCUCCCAUGGCAAAGCGAUCUCAGGUGAGGGGCCAGACAAAGAGUGGUCCAAAAUCCCAAUGAGUAAUCAAGGAAGAUGCAGAGUUACCUUGCCCAGAGGAAGCCCAGGGCCUCCAUCUGGAGCCAUGCCCAGAUGGAGGGAUCAUCAAUAGUGUCUGUCUGUCUUGUUUAUCAUAUGGUUUGAUUACAUUUUUGUGUUUUCUAUUACACAUGGCUAAAAUAAUGUGUUUAAGCUUUUUUUUUAUAGACCGGUGUAAGGCCGGCAGAGCAAGAUACAACAAACUGCAAGUGGCGAGUAGGUGGUUCGUGAGCAGACCAGAGGAUUGAUACUGAGGUUUGGACUGCACACGAGACGCUGUCAACCACACCGGUGUGAGACGAAGCUCAGAACCAGUGCCAGGCGGUGUGUACGAGCCUGACAGGAUUCAGAGGAAAUUGGUUCAAUGCGUGUGGAAUUGGACUGGUGUGGUAUCAUGGAGGAAAUUAAUUCAAAGGAAGCUGAAGUGGAAAGCUGGACCCAAUGUAGGACCAGCAAGACAUGCCCCCACACAAGAGCAGAAGGAGCUUCUCAGAACUAACAAGGAAGACUGUGCCUUUCAAAAAAGAAAAUGAAUGGACUAUUGACACAUUUGUCAUUAGACUGUAGGGAAUGCAUAUUUUAAUGGGCAUAUGAUGAUUUUAGCCAUGUCAAAGUCUUGGUAUUUCAUUUAGCAUAUGGUGUAAGUGAGAUUAUGACCUUUUCAUGUGUACAACUUGGCAAUGUAUAUCACAGGCAGUCUUACCCUACAGUCACACAUGCUACAAGAGAGCGACACGCAUUCGCUUGAUGGGCCUCCUGGGCGUGUCUAGCCUACUCCUGGUUGCUUGGCAACAGUAAACAGAAAUUCUCCAGUGCUACCUUCAAGCAUGUCUUACAAGUCACUUUAGAGGUAUUUUCAAGUCACAAGAAUGUUGUGGAUUUAGAAGUGUGUAUUUCUCAAUAAAAGUAACAAAAUAUAUGAGAUAAAAUGCCAAACUUAUCAGAUAUAUACAGAAAUACGAUGUCCUGAAGCGUUUUCCACCAUCUUGAAUUAUUUCUUUGACUGGAGAAACCAACAUGCAUAUGUCACGCUGCCCUCACACUGUCUUUACUCCAAUUGGCAGUUGCUUUGUCCCAACUCUCAGCAUUUACAUAAAAUAGCCUUGUCUAUUUCGGCCCCGCCUUGCUCGUGGCAGCGGCAAGUUCGACACUCCUCACCAUCUUGACGCUGGCAAGAGGCCGCUCCCACUGAAAAUGAAUGGCAAGCUGUCUCUUUGUCGCUCUUUUUUUGCAGCAUGUGUGACUGUAGGGUUAGAAGCAUCAUAGAGCACACAUCUUCCAGAAACUGCCUCCCUAAUAUUACCAUCCUUGUAUUCCAAAUCUGUGGAUUGGAAUUGACAAUACUCUCUAACACUUCCUAAUUUUUUUUUUUUUCGUCUAUGUUCUUACAAAAAAAGGCUGUUAGCAGUGUCAAACCAAAUACUAACUGUAAAAUAACCACUCUGGAAUAUUUAGCAGCAGAGAGUAGAAGCCAUCAGGCAAGUGUUAUUUAAAUAAACUCCUGGUGUACUUACAAACUUUGAGUAUGAGUACAGAACCUAUUUGUACUACUGUUGAAGUUUGGUACCAUUCCGGUCAUUAUUAGUGGGGUAAUUUACGAGAUACACUCCUGGAUCCAAUAGCCCCUGCACUUAGGCAUUCGGCUGAAAAUGCUAACUCCUCCAAUGUUAGACCAAGGGAAAAAAAGCUUAUGGGGGAGGUUAUUUGGCUCGAGGUCAAGAUGCAAAGGCCCUUAGCGUGAAAUUACUCCAAACCAUCACUUUAACGGUUUAAGUGCUGCUCUGUAUUUUUGUUUAAACUAUGCAUGUCCCCAUACAGGUUGUCUGCUGGAAAACUUGCAUAGUAUGCCUUUAAAUGCGUUACCUUUUUUACUGCGUUUAAAAAUUUGGUGUUUUAAAGGCAUACUAUGUAACUUUUCCAGCUGUGGUCCCUCUACAGAUUGUUUCUUUAGAACUACAGCUCGCAAGCUUGCUUGCUGGCUUGCUUGCUUGCUGUAGUUCCAAGACAACAUGUAGGGGGACUGAAUUGGUGGUGGACCAAAGCUGGAAUAGUUACAUAGUAUUUCACCAUGUUUUGUAUUUCUGUUUAAAUGUUCAGAGUUGUUUGCUGCAAUUUAUUAAAUGGUAUAUAAAUCA